AUGGAUAUAGGCUGGAAAAACCGAUCAACCGGCGCCACUUUGAUGAAUAUGGACAGUAGUCGGUCGCACUCAAUCUUCACCAUUUACAUGGAAAUGGUGACCAACGAGCAGGGUCCUACGAGCGCUUCUGAAAGAGAGCAUUUGCGCGCCGGCAAGCUCAACCUUGUCGACUUGGCUGGCUCGGAGAGGCAGGCGAAAACAGGAGCCACCGGAGAUCGUCUCAAAGAGGCAACCAAAAUCAAUCUGAGUUUGUCGGCGCUCGGAAACGUGAUAUCGGCUCUUGUCGACACUCGAGUAAAGCAUGUACCCUACCGAGAUAGCAAGUUAACUAGGCUUUUACAGGUACGUUGCGAACAUAAAAGUGGGUACGAAAAUCGUAUAUACCAAUUGAUUGAGUUUGGAAGCUAUCAUCAGAUUUGGAAUAAGAGCCAUAGUUUACAAUACCAAUACUGA